AUGGUACACAUUGCAGAAUAUCUUCCAGGCUUGGAAACAGACAUUUCUUCUGUUUUGCAAGGUGGUUACAACAAUCCAUUAUUGAGGGCAUGGCAACAUGAAAGACAGCUUCAAAAGAACAUGUUUAUUUUCCCACUGUUCAUAUCUGAUGACCCAAAUGACGAGACCCCCAUCCCUUCUUUGCCCAACAUUAGUAGAUUUGGUGUUAAUAAGCUGAUUCCAUAUAUCGAUGGCUUAGUUAAAAAAGGGUUGAGAUCGGUCAUCUUGUUUGGUGUUCUUACAGACGAUAGCGCAAAGGAUUAUCAAGGAACUCCAGCAGAUGAUCCAGAUGGACCUAUAAUUCAAGCUAUAAAGGCAUUAAAGAAAAACUUUCCAUCUCUUUAUGUUAUGUGUGACGUUUGUUUGUGUGAGUAUACCGACCAUGGCCAUUGUGGUGUUCUUUACGAGGAUGGUACAAUCAACACUGAACUUUCAGUCAGGAGGAUUGCAGCUGUUGCCGUCAACUAUGCAAAGGCAGGUGCAGAUUCUAUUGCACCGUCCGAUAUGAUUGAUGGCAGAAUCAAGGCAAUCAAAAGAGGUUUAAUCAACGCAGGCUUAGCCCAUAAGGUUUUCCUGAUGUCUUAUGCUGCCAAAUUCAGUGGUGCACUUUAUGGACCUUUCAGGGAUGCCGCAGGGUCAUGUCCAUCUCAUGGUGACAGAAAGUGUUACCAGUUGCCCUCUGGAGGUGCAGGUUUAGCCAGAAGAGCCCUAAUCAGAGAUAUGAACGAGGGUACCGAUGGUGUCAUUGUUAAACCAUCGACUUUUUACUUGGAUAUUGUUAAAGAUGCUGCUGUUAUUUGUAAAGAUUAUCCUAUUUGUUGCUACCAUGUCAGUGGUGAAUAUGCAAUGUUACACGCAGCUGCCGAAAAGGGCAUUGCCAGCUUGAAAGAAUUAGCAUUUGAGGCACAUCACGGUUUCCUAAGAGCAGGUGCUAGAUUAAUGAUUUCUUAUCUUACUCCGGAAUUUUUGGAAUGGUUAGACGAACCAAUCAACUUGUAG